AUGGCUGGAAGACCGACAGGGGAUCGCCACGGAGGGUCCUCUGGGAAUCGCGAUGACCUGCUGCUGGAUCUGGACAAUGACCAGCCAGUAUAUGGCAGUGGCCAGAGAUCCGCCUUGAACGACGACGAUUUGAUGCGACGCUACUCCCACGACCAAGAAGAGCCCCAAAGCAGACCCUCAGUAUCCUACGAUGACUUCGUCGGCGCACCAACCUCUGCAACUCACUCUGGUUCCCGUGGCCUGGCCCCCCCAGCCCAGGCCAGUGCUUCUCCCUAUAUGAACAGGCAAUACAGUCAGACCUCGGAGCUGGGCAACUACCAGCGAUAUGCCGACGAUUUUGAAGACUAUCCUGUCGAUAACGAGCCGUACUACCCACAUGGGGGUCCAAUUCCUACAAACGCCCGCUCAACGACAGCCAGGACUAAUGCCAGAAAUCGGAACAGCGUCUUGAGCUUGGGAGGUGGCUUUUUUGGUCGAGUCAAGAAUAAACUCGGCAUGGGCCAGGGAUACUCAGAGAUGGACUUGCCACUGACAGAAGGGGGCCACGAACGUGGAGCUUCGUCCGGAAGUUCGCCACCAGAUCAAAAGACCAAAGGGUUUGACAUGGGCAAUUUCAAGUUUGGUUUUGGCCGCGGCAAGCCAGAUCCCUCUACUCUCGGUCCUCGUAUCAUCCAUCUUAACAACCCGCCAGCUAAUUCCGCCAACAAGUACGUCGAUAAUCACAUCUCGACUGCCAAGUACAACAUUGCUACUUUCCUCCCAAAGUUUCUCCUGGAACAGUUUUCCAAGUUUGCCAACAUCUUUUUCUUGUUCACGGCUGGCUUGCAGCAGAUCCCUGGUCUCUCGCCGACUAACCGAUAUACGACUAUUGCUCCUCUUCUCAUCGUGCUUUUGAUUUCUGCGGGUAAGGAAUUAGUGGAAGAUUACCGCCGAAAACAAGCAGACAACGCCCUGAAUACGUCCAAGGCCCGAGUCUUGCGCGGAUCCAGCUUUACUGAAACGAACUGGAUUAACGUAGCGGUUGGAGACAUUGUGCGUGUGGAGUCAGAGGAGCCAUUCCCUGCCGACUUGGUUCUCUUGGCUAGUUCUGAGCCCGAGGGUCUCUGUUAUAUUGAAACAGCCAAUUUGGAUGGCGAGACGAACUUGAAGAUCAAGCAGGCACUACCCGAGACUUCGUCCAUGGUAUCGUCAAGCGAACUGAGCAGACUUGGUGGGAGAAUCAAGUCUGAACAACCGAACAGCAGCCUAUACACUUAUGAGGCAACGUUGACGAUGCAAAUUGGCGGGGGUGAGAAGGAACUGGCGCUCAAUCCUGAGCAACUUCUCCUUCGAGGUGCGACCCUCCGAAAUACGCCCUGGAUCCACGGUGUUGUCGUCUUUACCGGUCACGAGACGAAGCUUAUGAGAAAUGCGACUGCCACUCCCAUCAAACGGACCAAGGUCGAAAAGAAGCUCAACUGGCUCGUUCUGGUACUCAUCGGUAUGCUUUUGGCGCUCAGUGUGGUUUGCACUGUUGGAGACCUCAUCAUGCGUGGCGUCAGAGGCGGUUCCCUUGGCUAUCUUUAUCUGGACAAGAUUGACAACGCUGGUACUGUGGUUAAGACCUUUGCCAGAGACAUGGUCACAUACUGGGUCUUGUUCUCAUCUCUGGUUCCUAUUUCUCUCUUCGUCACGGUGGAGCUCGUCAAAUACUGGCACGGCAUUCUCAUCAACGACGAUCUUGACAUGUACUACGACAAGGUUGAUACGCCGGCGACUUGUCGAACGUCCAGCUUGGUUGAAGAGCUGGGCAUGGUCGAGUUUGUCUUCUCUGACAAGACGGGCACUCUUACGUGUAACCAGAUGGAGUUCAAGCAGUGCACAAUUGCCGGUCUUCAAUACGCCGAUGACGUCCCGGAGGACCGCCGCGCAACUGGACCUGAAGAUGAUCAGGGCAUUCACAACUUUGAAAGGCUACGAACCAACUUGAAAAAUGGCCACGACACCGCAAUGGCCAUUGAUCACUUUCUCAUCCUCCUUGCAACCUGCCAUACUGUGAUUCCCGAAAUGGACGAAAAGGGACGCGUCAAGUACCAGGCUGCGUCUCCUGAUGAAGGCGCCUUGGUGCAGGGAGCUGUUGAUCUUGGUUAUCGUUUCACGGCACGGAAACCGAGGUCGGUCAUCAUCGAAGUCGGUGGCCAAGAGUUGGAAUAUGAGCUUUUGGCAGUCUGCGAGUUCAACUCGACGCGUAAAAGAAUGUCGGCAAUUUACCGGUGCCCAGAUGGCAAAGUUCGAAUCUACUGCAAAGGCGCUGAUACGGUUAUUUUGGAACGUCUCAACAACCAGAACCCCCAUGUUGAGGCGACAGGCCGGCAUCUAGAAGAAUACGCAUUAGAGGGUCUCCGCACACUCUGUCUAGCCAUGCGCGAGGUGCCUGAAGCGGAAUUUGCCGAAUGGCAACGGAUAUUUGAUGCUGCCUCAACGACUGUGGGAGGAACACGUGCCGAAGAGCUGGACAAGGCUGCGGAGAUUAUCGAGCACAGCUUCUUCUUGCUCGGUGCCACAGCCAUCGAGGAUCGCCUUCAAGACGGGGUUCCUGAAACCAUUCACACCCUGCAGGAGGCCAACAUCAAGGUCUGGGUUCUCACUGGAGAUCGGCAGGAGACUGCCAUCAAUAUUGGUAUGAGUUGCAAGCUUCUUAGCGAAGAUAUGACGCUUUUGAUUGUGAACGAGGAGAAUGUCGCCGCGACACGAGACAACAUUCAGAAUAAGCUGGAUACCAUCAGAACCCAGGCCGAGAGUAGUCUAGAGUUGGAGACACUUGCACUGGUCAUCGACGGCAAGUCGUUGACAUAUGCUCUAGAGAAGGACCUCGAGAAGCUGUUCCUGGAGCUUGCCAUCAUGUGCAAGGCCGUCAUCUGCUGCCGCGUGUCGCCGCUGCAAAAGGCCCUCGUUGUAAAGUUGGUCAAGAAGUAUCAGAAAGACUCGAUCCUCCUCGCCAUUGGCGAUGGAGCCAACGAUGUUUCUAUGAUCCAGGCCGCCCAUAUUGGUGUUGGUAUCAGUGGCAUGGAAGGCUUGCAGGCUGCACGCAGCGCAGACGUCGCCAUUGCCCAAUUCAGAUAUCUUCGCAAGCUACUGCUCGUCCACGGCGCAUGGAGCUACCAGCGUGUGAGCAAGACGAUUUUGUUUUCAUUUUACAAGAAUAUAACUCUGUAUCUGACGCAAUUUUGGUUCACCUUUCAAAAUGUAUUCUCCGGACAGGUCAUUUACGAGUCAUGGACGCUGUCGUUCUACAACGUCUUCUACACCGUCCUCCCACCCCUUGCCUUGGGCAUUCUCGACCAAUACAUCUCGGCACGUCUCCUCGACAGAUACCCCCAGCUGUACGGCAUGGGUCAGACAAAUUCCUGUUUCAAGUUGAAGACGUUUGCGCAGUGGAUCGCCAACGCCUUUUACCACUCCAUUAUUCUCUACAUCUGGGCAGAACUCUUCUGGUACGGAGAUCUGAUUCAAGGGGACGGCAGGAUUGCAGGCCACUGGGUCUGGGGAACCGCUCUGUAUGGUGCAGUCCUCUUGACGGUCCUAGGCAAAGCUGCGCUUGUUACCAACAACUGGACCAAAUACCACGUGCUGGCCAUUCCCGGCAGCAUGGCCAUUUGGUACAUUUUCAUUGCCGCCUACGGCACGGUGGCGCCCAAGGUUAAUUUUUCCAUGGAGUACCACGGUGUCGUUCCACGGCUGUACGCCAGCCCAGUCUUCUGGCUCCAGACUGUCGUCAUGGCCGUCAUGUGCCUGCUACGUGAUUUCGUCUGGAAGUACGUCAAACGCAUGUACCUCCCACGCUCGUAUCACCACAUCCAAGAGAUUCAAAAGUACAACAUUCAGGAUUACCGACCAAGAAUGGAGCAAUUUCAAAAAGCCAUCCGGAAAGUUCGACAAGCGCAGCGAUUGCGAACGCAGCGUGGCUAUGCUUUUUCGCAGGCCGACGAGAGCCAGACACGCGUGCUGCAAGCCUACGACACGACCAAACACCGAGGUCGUUACGGAGAGAUGGCGAGCUCAAGAACAGCAGCUCGAUAA